CUUGCUAAAACUAGCAAAAGCCAUUUCUCUUACGGAAACGCCCAUUUUUAAACCCUUGUUUCACUCUCUGAUUGGUUAACGAGCCAAUACACAUCUCAAAGCAAAAGUUUUUUUUUGAGUCCACAGAUCUAGAAGAUUCUUCAGUGAAAACUCUCUUCUGUUCAUCAUCUUAAGGAUCUAAUGGAUUGGACUAUCGGUUCAAGAAUCAAACAAAGGAACAAAGAGCGUCUUGAAGAAGUGAUGAAGAUGAAACCGGCAGAGGAAGAGGCUCAAGUGUCUACUCGCCGGAAACGAAAGCGGAGAAGAAGAAGAAGAAGAAGGGACCACAAUUCCGACAUUGAAGACAUCACCGAGACUUACAACAACGACAACAACAACGAUCUCCCUACCGAUGUAACUCAAAACGUCUCCUCUGGUGAUGUAAGAAGAAGAAGAAGAAGAAGGCGAAAGGACCAUGACUCAGACAUUGAAGACAUCACAGAGACUUACUACAACGAUCUCCCUGCUGCUUCUGCUGAUGCGGCUGUUGAAGUGAACGACAACAACAAUGUCACCGCUGCUGCUGCUCCUGAAGUGACUGAAAGAAAAGGAAAGGACCACGACUCCGACCUUGAAGACGUCACGGAGACUUACUACAACAAUCUCCCUGCUGAUGUCUCUGCUGCUGAAGUGAAUGAAAACAACAACUACCAAAAUGACCAUGACGCCGACCUUGUAGAUAUCACAGUGACUUACGCCAAAAGUCUUGCUGCUGAAGUAACUGACGGGAAGAAUUUCCUUGCCGAGGUAACUGAUAACGAUUCCUCUGGUGGUGUAAGAAGAGCCGAGUCUGAACAGAACAUGGAGGAGGAGGGUUUGUUUAGCGUUAGGGUUGUGGAUGUAGACAUGUCAGUUCCAGGACCCUCUGGGUUGAGUAUAAUGGAGAAGUUGUCUGAUGUGGUUUUGGCUUUGAAUGUGUCUAAAACAGUUCCGAACUCUUCCCAGUUGUGUGACGACGAGAAUCUUGUUGUAGAUAUGAUCAAAUCAGUUCCAGGAUCCUCUGGGUUGAGUACAAAGGAGAAGGUGCCUGAUGAGGUUUUAGAUUUAGAUGUGAUCAAGUCAGUUCCAAAGUUGUCUGAUGAUGAGAAUCCGGAUUUAGAUGUGGUGAUCAAGUCAGUUCCUAGCUCCUCUGAGUCAAGUAUUAAGCAGAAGUUGUGUGAUGAGAUUAUGGAUGUGAUUAGAUCAGCUGCAAGCUCCUCAGGGUUAAGCAAUAAGGAGAAGUUAUCUGAGGAGAUGGUUUUGGAUGUGGAUGUGGUCAAGUCAGUUCCAAAGUUGUCUGAGGAGAUUCUGGAUGUGGAUGUGGUCAAGUCAGUUCCGAAGUUGUCUGAUGAGGAUUUGGAUAAGGGUGUGAUCAAGUCUGUUCCCAUCUCCUCUGCGUCAAGUAACAAGGAGAAUGAGAGUUUGAACUCGGAUGUGUUCAAAUCUGUAAGCAGCUCCUCAGGGUCAGAAGAGGACACAUGUGUGAAGGAGAAGUGUUCCUCUGAGGUUAGAGGAGUGGGAGUUGCAAAACCAGUUCCUCCUGAGAUAGAGAUCAUUUCAGAUUCUGAGUCUGAAACCAAAGUGAGACAUUCAGCCAAGAAGAAGCUUUCUUUUGCCGAGUGUAGCAGAGUGUUAGACUCUACCAGUGAAAGCAGCGAGGAAGAAGGAACUAGUGAAGGCAAUAAUAACGCUAAAGAUGAUGUAACCGUGGAGUCUUUGUCUUCAUCAUCAUCUUCAUCUUCAGACUCAUCUUCAUCUUCCUCCUCCUCCUCUUCUUCCAGUGAAGAUGAAGUCAGUUCAAAGGAGGUAGGUGGAGAUACGGAGGAUGAUGAUUUUAGAAAGGGCAGUUCACCGAUCAGGAAAGUACCUGAAGUGAGAAGGAAGCCUUUGGGAAGGUAUAAAAGAGCUGGUCCUUGCUCAAUCACGCCUAUAAAACAGUUUCAGAAGAUUCGGAAACUAAACCAUCCAGAAGAAGAUGAAGAAGAGGAUACAUUUCAAGCCAAGCCUAAAGAGUUCAAAAGGAUUCAGAAGUCUAACUGCCAAGAAGAAGAUAGAUUCCAAGCCAAGCCUAGAAAAGAGGACAAGAGGAUUCAGAAGUUUAACCUCCAAGAAGAACAAGAAGAAGAUAGGUUUCAAGCCAAGCCUAGAAAAGAGGACAAGAGGAUUCAGAAGUUUAAUCUCCAAGAAGAAGAAGAAGAUAGGUUUCAAGACAAGCCUAGAAAUGAGGACAAGAGGAUUCAGAAGUUCCACUGCCCUGAAGAAGAAGAGGAACAACAACACAGAGAAGUUCAAAGAGAAACAAAGCAGCAUAGAAGUUUGGUGUUCGCUUGUGCUCACUGUGGCAAAGAGAAUACAGGAGUCCUUGAUUCAGACAACUCCAUCUUCAGACCACAUGCUAUCACAAGAGGUGAAGAUGCUGACGGUUAUGAUGAUGACCUGAACAAAGAUGAUUAUGUUCCUAUCAACAACACUGGGAAAGAGCCUGAGAAGCCCUCCACAUCCAGACCUGAGACCGAGAAUCCAAAGACAGGAAAAGAAGUGAUACCACCACCUGCAGCGAGGAUAUCCACAUCAAGACCUGAAACUGUGAAAGAAAAAGAGAUCCAAGCUCCUGAAAUGCCGACAAGACCUGAAAUGCAGUUCUCACUGAAGACAAGGAUGCCUGUUACAGCUGCAGAAGGACUAGCUACGCCUACUGCUCUGGUGAAUGAACCAGUGGAUAAUGAGUCUGCUUCUUCUAUCAGCUCUGGAGAGGACUCUGGAUAUGAUUCUGAGCCUUCACUAAAAGAGAAAGAGGCCGUCAAGUCUAGUAGCAACCCGGGUUGGAGAAUGAUGGAUGGGAGCCGUAAAGAAGUUGAUCUUUUCAGGCUUCUUGUGAACUCUGUUAGGGAGAAUGAUCGGUUAAGCGAAGAAGAAGAAGUAGAAGAUGACAUACUGGUUUCUUCACCUGAAGACCAAUCUGAAGAACAAGAUCAAAGAAGAUAUGAUGAUGAUGGACUCCUAAUCAUCAGGCCACCACCUUUGUUAGAGUUGUUUGAUGUGGGGGAAUCUCAAACACCACCUGUGGCUUCUGAGGCGCAGAUAGAGGAAGAUAAGAUGUGGGAAGAAAUGGAUUUUUACACUAAAUCAAACGAAGCUGAUCUCCAGCUUCAUUCAGAGAUUGAGAAAGAGAUAUCAGCUGAUGAAAGUACAGAAGCAGCAUGUAGAAAAGGGAACCACGAACUGUGUCUAGAUCUUGAGAUUGGUUUGAAGUGCAUCCACUGCUGCUUUGUUUUGACAGAGAUCAGAGGCCUAGAUGUAUCUGAAUGGGGAGAGAGGAACACAAGUGGAAGGAGAAAGAAUGAUAGAUCAGAAGAGGAAGGAAACAGCUUCACUGGCAACCUUGAUUUUGAAGCUAACGGCGAGAACAACUUAAAGGAUGGAUGUGAAUCUACUGAAGGGACUGUUUGGGAUAAGAUCCCUGGUGUCAAGUCUGAGAUGUACCCUCACCAGCAAGAGGGCUUUGAGUUUAUCUGGAGGAACUUGGCCGGUACUAUUAUGUUGAACGAGCUCCAGGACUUUGAGAACAGUGAAGAAACAGGAGGAUGCAUCAUGUCACAUGCUCCAGGGACAGGGAAAACUCGCCUCACCAUCAUCUUCCUUCAGGCCUACCUGGAAUGCUUCCCUAAUUGCAAACCUGUGAUCAUUGCUCCUGCGAGUUUGCUUCUCACGUGGGCAGAGGAGUUUAAGAAAUGGAACAUAAGCAUUCCUUUUCACAAUCUCAGCAGCUUGGAGUUUACUGGAAGAGAGAACCCAGCUGCGCUCAGGCUUUUGAUGCAGAAGAACUCCAGCGCUAGAAGCACAAAUGAGAUAAGGAUGGUUAAGAUAUACUCCUGGAUCAAGUCAAAGAGCAUACUAGGGAUCAGUUACAAUCUCUAUGAGAAGCUUGCAGGAGCUAAAGACGAGGGCAAGAAGACAAAGAAAGGGAAAGCAGUGAAACCAGACAAAGAGCUAGAAGAUAUAAGAGAGAUACUAAUGGGGAUGCCUGGACUGCUGGUUCUUGACGAGGCACACACGCCUAGGAACCAGAGAAGCUGUAUAUGGAAGACACUGUCCAAAGUCGAGACACAGAAACGGAUCUUGCUCUCUGGAACGCCUUUCCAGAACAACUUCUUGGAGCUUGGCAAUGUUUUGGGGCUUGCAAGGCCUAAGUAUCUAGAGAGGCUCAUGUCCACACUCAAGAAGAGUGGCAUGACUGUCACCAAAAGAGGGAAGAGAGCUUUGGGAGAGGAAGUAAACAACCGUGGGAUUGAGGAGCUUAAGGCUGUUAUGUUACCCUUUGUGCAUGUUCACAAAGGAAGCAUUCUUCAGAAGAGCCUCCCUGGUUUGAGAGAGUGUGUUGUGGUGUUGAACCCACCUGAUCUGCAGAGGAAAGUCCUGGAGUCCAUUGAAGUCACACACAACCAGAAAACGAAGAAUGUCUUUGAGACAGAACACAAGCUCUCUCUGGUCUCGGUCCAUCCUUCUCUUGUCUCUCACUGCAAACUCACUGGGAAAGAAAAACAGACCAUCAACGAGGCCCUGCUUGCACAGCUAAAGAAGGUGAGGCUUGACCCAAACCAAAGCGUGAAAACAAAAUUCCUCAUGGAGUUUAUCAAGCUGUGUGUGGUGAUUAAGGAGAAAGUGCUGGUCUUCAGCCAAUACAUUGACCCGCUGAAACUGAUUAUGAAGCAUUUGGUCAACUGGUUCAAGUGGACUGAAGGGGAAGAAGUGUUGUACAUGCACGGCAAACUCGAGCAGAAGCAGAGACAGACCUUGAUCAACGAGUUCAACGAUCCUAAAUCAAAGGCCAAGGUGCUGUUAGCUUCAACGAAAGCAUGCUCUGAAGGGAUCAAUCUUGUAGGAGCAUCAAGGGUGAUCCUGUUGGAUGUUGUGUGGAACCCUGCGGUGGAAAGACAGGCUAUAAGCCGUGCUUACAGGAUCGGACAGAAGAGGAUUGUCUACACGUACCACUUGGUUGCAAAGGGAACUCCAGAGGGGACUAAAUACUGUAAGCAAGCGCAGAAGGAUAGGAUCUCAGAGCUGGUGUUUGCAUGUUCCUCAAGACCUGAUAAGGGGAAAGAAAAGAUUGCUGAAGCUGUGACUGAGGACAAGGUGUUGGACACUAUGGUGAAGCAUAUGAAGCUUGGGGAUAUGUUUGACAACCUCAUUGUUCAACCAAAGGAAGCUGAUCUGGUUGAAGGCUUCAGCAUCCUUAUGCCAUGACUCUCCAUCACCAAACUCUUCCCUAUGAUUAUUAUAUGCUAUUUAAUCUUGUAAGACUUUAUUUAUGUAUUGCUUUGUGGGAUGUUAUCUGGGUAUCUUGCAAACUUGGCUUUUGUUUCCA